GCGGACCAGAACAUUGGUACACGACCUUCCCAGACUGUGGUGGGGUCAUGCAGAGCCCCAUUGAUAUAAUAACCAGUGAGGUCCUCUAUGACCCCAAUCUUGACCUCUUGGACUUUUCUGACUACAAGACCACCAGUGGCGUCAGAAUGACCUUGGAGAAUGUCGGCGGUCAUACAGCUGAAGUCCUCUUCUCCGGCACCGAGAUCUACCUGAAAGGCGGGGCUCUCCCAGACGAAUACAAACUGGAGCAGUUCCAUUUCCACUGGGGGCAGAACAGUCGCCGGGGUUCCGAGCAUGCCUUCAACGGCUACCACUAUCCCAUGGAG